AUGGCUGCACGCCACCUGUGCAGCCUCGAUGGGCUGCGAGGCAAGCUCGCCCUGCUGGAAGCCCAAGCAGGCCUGCUUUCCGACGAGUGGGAGGCAACAACGUCAGACAACGGCUGCAGCUCCCCACUGAUCAAGGCGGUUCACAGCGCGCCGCCACCGCCGCGGCCGCGGUCGCCGUCAUUGGCCGCGGCCGGCGUCAUUUCUGACCUCAAGGCCCACCUGGAGGCGGUCCUGGACGCGGACCGCGCCGGCGACGACCUGAUAUCAUCCAUCACCCAGCAGCACUGCAUCGCGUGCGCCGUGAGAGUCAUCCAGGACGCGGAGGACGGGUCCCUGGAGGACUGCUCGGCGGCCGCGGCGAGCGCGCUGUGCCUGAUGGCGGCGCGCGACCCGGUGGUGCAGGACUCGGUGCGCUACCUGGGGGGCGUGGACCUGCUCGUGGAGCUGCUGACGUCACCAAAGUCUGGCGUCGCUGAGGUGGCGCGCUACUGCCUGGCUUCCCUGAAGCACAACAACCCCCGCAACGAGGCGGACAUCCUGCAGGCCGUCCGCAUGAGCCCCGCGCUCUCGCGGGACUUUGGGCGCCUCAGGGACGCGCUGGAGCUGCUGCAGCGGGGCCGCGAGCCCCAGGGGCGCGGCUACUUCCGCGCCGCGGUGGAGGCGGAGGAGCGGGCGCGGCUGCGGCGGGCGGCGGAGGCUGAGGAGGAGGAGGAGGCGAGCGCUUCUGCGGCGGCGGCGACGGCCGCAGCCGCCGUGGCGACGGCCGCCGCGGCGACGGCUGCGGAGGCGGCGUGUGUGAUUGCCGCCGGCGACGGUGGCUGCCAUGCGCUGGGGCUGCCGGGCCGCUCUGCCAAGUCGCCCCUGGGCAAGCACCUGGUGCAAUUCACAAGUGACGAGUUGUGCGCUCUGCUGUCAGAGUUGGGCUGGGAGCCGAGCGACCUGCGCGGCCUGCGCCGCGCGGGCACCACCGGCGGCGAGCUGCUGCUCCGCCUCGCCGCGGCCGCCGCCUCGGACCCCGCCUGCUCGGAGCUCGCCGCCCGCCUGCGCGUCCCGCCGCACAAGGCGCGCCGCGGCCUGCGGCGGCUGCGGGACGCGGUCGCGCUGUUUGACGCCGCCGGUACGCGCGCGGCGCAGCCCAGGCUUAGCGAGAUCGAGGUCCGGCUCUGGCUGGCCGGCAGCGGCUGCAGCGCGUCCGAGGUUGAGCGUGUAGUGAAGCUGAUCUGGGGCCUCGUCGUGGGCAACAAGGACGCCGCGUUCAUCACCUGCUGGGAGUGGGUGGUCGGGUGGCAGUGGGUGACGCACGCGCUGGAGGUCUACGGCGUGGACUGGCGCAGCGCGCUGUGA